CCUAACAGGCAUCCAGCAGCUGCUAAGUGGUACGACAGACGAGACUUUGUCUUCAUUGAGUUUUUGGUGGAGGACAGCAAGGAUGUGAACGUAAAUUUUGAAAAGUCCAAAUUUGGUUUCAGCUGUCUCAGUGGGAUGGAUAACAUGAAGUACUCAAAUGAAAUUGACCUUUUUGAGUCCAUCGAUCAAGAUGGGUCCAAACACAGGCGUACAGACCGGUCGAUCUUGUGCUUUUUACGGAAAGCAGAGUCAGGGAAAUCCUGGCCCAGGUUAACAAAAGACAAAGCAAAGGCAAGUUUUGUUCCAUGUUUAUUAACAGUUAAAAUAGUCAUUAUUUGAUGAAGGACUAUGUCA